CCGGCCCGACCCGCCCCCACCGCUCAGUGAUCUAACAGGCAUAAAGUUGAGCUAAAAUCUUCAGUUUUAUUUGGAUUCCUCGACAACCACCGAGAACCGGAAUAGUGAUACAGCAGUAAGCCGUUUUCAAGAACUAAUAGAAGCAACGAUGCCACAAUCACAUCUAUCAAACGGUGACCCAAGACCACCCCCAGGGGAUAAGCUUCGUCUCUAUAGUAUGCGGUUUUGCCCCUAUGCGGAGAGACCCCGACUUGUCCUAGCAGCAAAAGGGGUAGAUUAUGAAUGCAUCAACAUUAACUUGAAGAACAAACCUGACUGGUACCUUGCCGAGCCAAAUCCCAGAGGUCUUGUACCAAUGAUUGAAAUGCCAGAUGGGAGAUUGCUCCCAGAGUCAUUGCUUUGCUGUGAGUACCUUGACGAAUUAUUUCCACAAAACCCAAUGUAUCCGAGUGAUGCAUUUGAGAAGAAUCGUCAGAGACUGCUUAUUGAUAGAUUUGGAAAGGUGACGUCCAGUUUUUACCAGAUGUUGAUGAGAGACAUGGACGAGGACGCUCUUAAGGGACAAACAGAAACCUUGAACAAAGACUUGAGUCUGUAUGAGAACGAGCUGAAAAACAGGACAUUUUUUGCAGGUGAGAAGCCCGGUAUGGCCGACUUUAUGCUCUGGCCGUUCUUCGAGAGGUUCUGUCUCCUAGAGGGGAAGUACGAGAUAUCGGCGAAGUCUUUUCCUGCCUUGACUAAGUGGAUAUCAUCCAUGCACCAAGACCCGGCCGUCAAAGAUGUUGAAUUCAGUCCUGCCCUCCACAGGCGGAAUUUCGUGGACUCCGUCCACAAAGGCAUUCCUGAGGCAGCCCUCUACGAGUAGCCGCAAACAUGACUCUUAUUUAGACAAACACGUUGCACUUUAGACACAAGACAAGAGACGCCAAUAAAGUACACGGAAACGGAAA